AUGCCCCCUCCACCAAGGAAACCACUACACCCCGCGCCCCAGCUCGGCCGAUUCAGACCCGGCGACGGGAACCGAACUUCCCAAGACUCGGGUUCAAAGUCCUCUCCUCGCACAAAACACCGAAAAGAAGUUACAAUGCUUGGAUUUUUCGGUCCCUCCCCCAAACUCGGCCGCCGCCGGAGCCCGGGACGGAAACCGCCGCCUCCCACCCCCACCACCCCGCCGCCGGUCAUCCGGGCUCCUGGACGCGCCCCCGCGGCGCCCCCUCCCCGCCCGCGGCGCCCCCCGGGGCCCCCCGAGGGGCAGCGCGGCCGGAACCCGGGCCCGGCCGCCGCCCUCCGCGCCCUGGACGCCGCCCGCCCCCGCCGUCGCCGGCCCGCGUCCCCGGCUCCCCGCCCCGGCCCUCCGGGCUGCGCCGGGCCCGGCCGCCCGCCCGCCCGCCCGGGACGAAGUUUGGCUCCGAAGAGGGAGCGGGAGCAGCCCGGGAAGGGUAAGCAAAGGGAGCGUCCAAGCACCUCAGGGGAACGGGCUCCACCCGCCGCGGGCGUCCGACCGUCCUCGGCCUGCGGUGGCGGCUCGGCGGGGACCGCAGCUGCUCCUCGCACCUUCCUCCGUCUCCGCCUCCCCCUCGCUCUCAGCUCCCGGGGCCGGGCUAGCGCGGCUGCCACAGACCGAGAGGCUUAA